AUGGCGGGCCGAGAGCACGAGAAAGGAAUUCCGAAAAAAUUUUUGAUCGAUCAAAAAGAGAGUACUUUCAAAAAUACGUGUGUAAAAUGCGGGCACAUUCCGAGAUCAUUAUAUGUUCAUUUUAUCCCGAAAUACGUACAAUCAUUGCGACAAGCGGAGGAGUGUAGACGACGAUUCUGUGAUGCCUGUCUUCCCGAAAAUUACCCAGAUUCAAUUUGUUCGGUCUCUAAGUGUUCCGCAAACAUCAAAAGGGGAUCGAAAGCGCUCCAGAGAAUCGAAAAUGAUAUAUCUAGACUCGUCUUCUCGUGUUUAUCAACAAAAUGCAAGCAAUUUCUUACCUAUGAUGAUUUUGGUCGCCAUUCUCAUGAUAUUGACAGAAGCAUGAAUAAAAAUAAUAAAUCGAGGACUGGAAUACCAAAUGAUUCCUUUGAUUCCAGUAAGGGGAAUAAGGUGAAAAAUCCUCCGACACAACCUGAGGACAAAAUGUACCCACCUUUAGAUACAUUUAAUUCAAAGGACGAGGGAACUGCGAACUCAAAAGAUGAAGAUUAUUCUAAUGAUAACCCUUCAAUUCAUUUUUCAAAUCCUUCACCUGAUCAACUGAAAUAUCCUAGCAAGAAUUUUGAAGAAGGACAAUUUAGUUACAUAAAUGGAAAUUAUACGGAUCAAUGUCCCCCCGGUCCUAUUGAAAAUACACGCCAGCAUGAUACUGUUUUGAAAACAAUGAAGAAUAAUCACUCAAGCGCAAAAAAUAAUAAACCGUCUGAAAAAAGACCAGAGGAUGUUCCGACAUAUAAUCAAGAAUAUGAUUCAAGAUUUUCGCCUAUCGAAGUGAUAUCAACCGAGCAAACAUCUUCUUACGCUAUGGAUACUUUUGAUAAAUGCCAAGCAUCUAUGCAGAACGCUUUCCAAAAUCUGAUGGAUGGGAUCGAAUCACUAAAGAGGGAGAGCACCCAGAAGAGCCUCGCAGUUAGAUCAGACAAAGAAGAAUUAAAAGAUAAGGAAAGACAAAUUUUUGUCGCUAAGAAUGAAACGAAAAAAUUAAACGAACGAGUCGAUGAAUUAGUUGAAAUUAUUCGCCAGCAAUCAGGCGAGAUUGAUUCGCUGAAGCAAGAUCAAUCGAAUGCUACUGAAAAAAUUCUGAUGAUUGAAUCUUCGAAAACAUCAGCUGAGCAUGAGUUAAUUGACUGUCAAGAUCAGUUAAGAGAAGCUUAUAAGCAGAUCGAGGCGCAAUCUACUUUAAUGGAUUCACUUAAACGAUACAAAGAGGAAAGAGAUGAGCUUAGAAAUAAAUUUACAGAUCUCAAGGAGAAUGCAAGGGGCAGUGAAAAAGCAUACAAAGAUGAGCUAAAAAACAUACAUGAUCGGCUUGAUAAGAAAUACGAUGAACUGGCGUCCGAAAAAGAAAAUUCGAAACGAUACAAAGAUGAAAGAGACCAUUUGAGGAAGGAAUAUAAUCAUCUGAAGACGGCCCACGAGCAAACCGAAAAAUUUCGUGAUUUAUUAAAUGACCAAAACGAACGACUUAAGGAAGAAAUCGCAUAUUUGAAAAAACAAAAACUUGAGGCUGCACCACGGGAAACACAAACGCAUCAACAAAUCGCUGGCAACACUCUUUCAGAAUCGAUGAGAAAAUCGCGAAGACCGAAACCUACGACAACGACAGACAAACAUCAAAAGAUGUAG